CGGAUGUGCAUGUUAUGGACCGUAACCGUUUGUUAUCGAUUUACCUCGGGUUAGCCGAGUUGGCUAACAACUUUUGCUGUAGCAGUUAUAAGCUGUCAAGGCCUAUCAUCGCGGUCUCCACUCACUGGUGACAUAUUUUUGGGGGGCUCCAUUGGGAUAGAUCCGCCUGGGACGGUGGGACACGGAUUUAUUUUUGGUCGUCUUCGCACAAGAGGGAAACAGUAAUGGACACCUAAGAUUCAUAUUUAAUCUGAAGACGAAUGGUUUUGCCAAAUGGAUCCAGGUGUUGCAGACAUCCCGGUGAUUCUUGUCAUCAAGGCACCGAACCAGAAGUACACCGACCAGAGAAUUAAUUGUUUCGAGAACUGGACAGUGGAGAAGCUGAAAGCCCACCUCACUGAUGUUUAUCCCAGUAAACCUAGCUCAAAAGACCAAAGGCUGGUGUAUUCUGGGAAGCUCCUUUUGGAUCACCUUACCUUGAAAGAUGUCCUGAGAACGCAGGACGAGUACCACAUGCUCCAUCUGGUGUGUGCGUCCCGCACCCCCCCGCCCUCCCCGAAGGCCCACGGCAGCAGUAAUAAGGCCCCGCCGGGCCCCCCCGCCGGCCCCACGAGUUUUGCUAACCCGUCCACGUCUCAGAGCGGCCAAUCGCAGAGCAGCGAUGGGGUCCAGCAUCGAACGCAUGGCCCUUACUACCCCAUGCAUCCAGCCUUCAUGCAUGGUUUACCAUGGAACCAGUAUUCGCCACAGCCAGUUCCUCCAACCAACCCAACAGAAAGUCCCACGUACAACACCAUGACCCUUAUGUGGUGGCAGCAGCAAUACUUCCGUCAGUACUACAUGCACUAUCAGGCGUGGAGCGCUUCAGCGCAGCAGCACUGGCGGAACCAGCCUGCCGGCGCCGCGUGGCCAAUGGACGCCUCCCAGCCCCCUCGGGAGUAUCGCCACGGCAACAACGUCAACAACAACAACGUGGAGGGGGCCCAGGCGGCCGCGCGUCCGGCUGACGCCCCCAACAACAACAAUGAGGAGGAGGAGAACCGCGACUGGCUGGACUGGGUGUACACCAUGUCGCGCACCGCCAUCCUGAUCAGCAUCGUGUACUUCUACUCCUCCUUCAGCCGCUUCGUCCUGGUGAUGGGCGCCAUCCUGGUCCUCAACCUGCACCAGGCCGGCUGGUUCCCAUUCAACCUGGAGAACGAUGCCCAGGCAGGGGAGGACGGGGCCCUGCCGGAGGACAACGCAGACCCCCAGGAGGGAGCGAUGGAUGACACGCUGGACGACGACGACGACGACCCUGAUGAAGAUAAUGGGGCUGGUGCUGAUGAUAAUGGUGUCGGCGCUGAUGAUAAUACUGGGGUUGGCGGUGAUGAGGAUAAUGAUGGUGGAGCUGGUGCAGAAGGAGAAGGAGCGGAGGACACGGAUGUUGCCCCCCAGGCCAACUUCCUAUCCACCACCUGGUCGUUCAUCGUAACAUUCUUCAUGUCGCUCAUCCCCGAGGGCCCGCAGAAUGCUGUGAACUGAGGCCCAGGCGGGCCCCUCACCACGGGCGUCUCAACACAGCCAAAUGGGACAGGCGAACCUCAUCCAGUAUUUUCCACUGAACUGUGGCCAAGUCCCUUAUUCAAACCACCCUGAAACUCAAGACGAAGUUCAACGCAUAUGAUUCACAUGACUGCUACAGUAAAGCUACAACACCUAUUCAAGUGUCGGAAAAAAUAUUCUCUUUUAUUUUAUUUUUUUUACUUCUAGGAGUGUGAGUUGCCUGUUGGUGUGGUAAAGUGAUUGUGUAGUUAUAUUAAUUUCAUGUAAUAACAGGAACGUCGGCUUUGUGAUAUUGUCUCUUGGCCAUUGAAUUUUUCUGUCACACAAAAUGUAGAUAUUGUCUUUGUAUGGUAUACGAUAUUUGUAGUUUUAUUAUAAUUAUCAGCAUUGUCCACAUCGUAAACAGACUCUAGACAGUCUGUCCAAAAGAGGCACAGUCCCAAGUUAUACUAUUCGACUAUGCAAUUACAGAAUUGUGUUAUAAAAUGCUACCAUCCCUGAUUUCAGGGAUGGAUUAAGAUGUGCUUUAGUUUUGAUGAAUAGUUUUCCCCUGUACUUAUCUUUUAUGAAAUGUAGGCCUUUGUAUUUUAUUCUUAAUAGAAUGCAGUGGCAUUUAAUAUAUUAUAAUUGUAAGUAGAAAGUAAUGACUCCAAUAUAAUGCUACUCGGCAUAGCUUGUUGACUACACGUUCAACCAAAUGUUCUGAAAGAUAAGGUAUUUUUGAAAAUGAAUAUCCUCGACACAAUGGCGGUGUAAUCUUCUGUAACAACAUUUGAGGCCUAAUUAAUUGAAUUAAGAUGAUUACCCAUUUGAGGUUAAGCAUCACCCAAAUGUUCACUGGGUUGAUAAUCACUGCAUCUGUCACCCCUUUCACUCAUCUCAAUAAAUUAAUCGAGGCCCUCACGUUACAACGGCUUUAUUUGAUUGCGUUGACAGGAUUGCAGAGUGCCCUUCAGACAUCAACGUCGUGACACGCCAUCUACACACAAGGUCAUGUCUAACUCUCCCUGACAAUCAUGCACAGUGUAGCAAAUCAGACCCUUGACUGACGGGCAGUGGGCUUAUGUGAGCACCUUUUGCCUGUAAAGUUUAUUUUGAAGUUCUGUCGCUCAUAUUUUAGAACGUCGUUGUCGGCAGAGCUCCUGUUAAAGUCUGAACCGGAAGUCACCUGACUUGAUCAUCGUGAUGGCACCUAACAUUGCCCGCCGCGAAAAUGGUAGUAAUGUUUGUCAUUGUUUUCUAUUAAAUCAUGAAAUUUUUUCAUUGGGGAGACGUUUAAAUCUGCCACAGCGUUUCUAAUCCGAGACAUUAGGAUUUUCCAUAACUAGAAAUCCCUCGACAUCACAAAAUGUCACAGACCAAAGUAAUAUUGAAUUAAACAAUUUUAUCAGGUCCAACUGUUUACUAUAGUCUUUGGCAAAGAAAACUUGUGCGCAGUCUUCUAUUCAACCAGGUUCACAAUCAUUAAACAGAAUCCACAUAUUUAAAGAGUUUUGUUUUUAUUGCCUUCUAUUACAAAAAAAUAAUGUUUGUUUAGUCAUAAUUACAGUAGAAGUACACGUUGAUCUGGUGUGUCAAUGGUAUUUCCAUACAGUAAUUGUUUUAACCAGAAUGUGUUGAAUGUCAAGUGCCUAAGAGAUUCUAAGCCACUUCAUUCAGUUCAUUUGAGGAGUAGGUUUUGAAAGUUGGUUGAAAUGUAGAUUCUGUAGAGACCUUGUGUGUGUCACAGUCAAUUGUAAUAACCAACAUUAGAGAGAGAAAAUAUAUUUCUGUAUAUAUCUAGUCUUUUUCCAUCAAGGUAAUCACUGCCAGGUGAUUGUUUAACAAUGGUUGAAUCUACCAACUGUGUUUGUGUGUCGGGUAGUUGUUGAAUAUCGUUCACAUGGAAACACUUAAAUUCUAGUGAACGCCGUCAGCGACUGCUUUCCGUUUUAGCAAGAUCAUUAUUAAUUUUAGAAAAGGGCACAAUUGUUUUUUUGACAUUCACAAAAGUUCAAACACCAGUACCUAUACAAUUGAUUUCGAAAGCAUUUAGUUUGUGAACAAAACCACAACGGCUAUGACACAAUAGUACACUGUAUUCUCUUUUUUCAGAUAUAUUAUUAAAACAGGAGACGAGACCAGCAGCAAAUCAGGGCCGCUGUGUGCCCCCGGCUCAGACUUAGUUUACAUCAAACACCUGGCGUGAGCGUUGACAUAUAAGCCACAGUACAGUUCAAUGAAGGAAAAUGGCCCUGGCUGUUCUUUGGCAGUAUGUGGGCCACCGUGUACCAAUGAGUUUUUUUAACACUUGAAAUGUCGAGACUUGCACAUGAAAAGCUUUCACAAAAGGCACAUAAGCGUUUUGCCCAUACAGGUAAGAAGAGUACAGACACUAAUAGACACAAGAUCAAUACCCACUGCUGGCUGUUGGAUAAUGAUCCAUACAUUUUAUGGGAUUGAAAACUUAUUGCUAAAACAGGACUGCGCUGAGCCAAACGAGAACUACUUUCUCUCAUACAGCAAAGGUUUUAUCUUUCAAGAUUACUGUGGAAAGUAUUUUUUGUGCAUUCAAUUACAGUUGUAAUACUGGUUUUACCAAGGUAUCUUUACAACAUGUAUUACACAAAGAGUAUCGACAUGGAAAACACAGUUCAGGUGACCUACUUCUCAAUAUACUCUCCUGCGCCUCAACAUUGUAGGAACUAUAUCCAUGAAAAUGAUUGCGUUUCCAGUCCUGCAAAAAGUAUACUGACAAAAUAAGAGACAUUGGAGCAACAGCUCAGCGUACAUUUUCGACAGAUACACUUGUACACAACAAACUAUCGGUUGACAAAACUAAAACCUACUGGCAUAUGCAUCUAAAGUGCUUGCUGUACAGUACAAUUAAGAGAUAUGGCCUCUGAAAUGUUUUUCAUAUGUUACAAGUUAUGCAUCGUUGGACCAACUAGCGAGCAGCAAUACCAACACUGAGGUCAGAA